CUAGACAGACAUAGAUAUACUGGGGUUGCCUACAAUGAUGCCUGCCCUUGCCAUGUCUCAUUCUUCUCAGCAAAAGUUUCCAUCUUAGUCGUUCGUUCAUGAACACCCAUUACUACCCUUUCGAUCCGGAGAUGAUGCCGCAGGUCGAUUCAUUUUCUGAAAAUGAAGACCGGCAGCAUCUUCUUGGACACAAAUCAUCCCAGACUCUUCCGGGAUCCAUUACUAAAACUAACCAGCCUUCUCCGAUACUGAAAAAGAAGGCCACCCGUGGACAAAACAACAAAAAUUCUACGGAGCGGUACAUACGUUUAGCUGAUGGAGGGCAUCGGCAUUGCCUCUAUCAUUCAACCUCAGAUGGCCAUGAUUCAAUAAUCUGUUAUGAUGGUAUCGUCAUCUCUAGAACGGAGCGUUGGAAAGAUCCCGACAUGCAUUUUCCCUUUAUGUCGACAUUUCGCUGGCUGGAUCGGGUGGCACAUAAAUACCACAGUAAUAAGGAAAAGCCGAAGAGCACCCGGGACGAUAGCACGAAUUGUGUGUCUCCAUCUUUGCUUUCGGAAAAAUACAUCUAUCAUGGAGAUAUUCUAUACUCAAACAGUUCUUCCAAAGUUCGCUUGAUUCAAAAAAGAGGGGCGAAAUGCGAAAUUAAUACAACAGAGAAUGGGAAUAAGAAUCUCUACGCGGUGAAGAUAUUCACUCGCCAGGGAAGACAACAGUCGACCAAACGAUAUCUCAGAAAUCUGACGGCGGAGUUUUGUAUUUCACACUCCCUACACCAUCCCAAUGUCGUCGAAACUCUGGACCUGCUUCAAACAACCACUGCUGGUAACGAAUUUUGCCAGGUAAUGGAGUUUUGUGAGGGCGGAAAUCUGUUUUGCCUCUUGAAAAAAGUCACCAAAUUAGAGGAUGACGGAGAGGCCGAUUGCUUCUUUAAACAGCUCCUCCACGGCGUCGACUACCUUCACAGUGUCGGAGUCACACAUCGAAAUCUCAAACCAGAGAAUUUACUAUUGACGAGAAACGGUGUUUUGAAAAUCUCCGACUUCGGCUGCGCCGAGUGCUUCAAACUGCCAUGGCAAAAGGCAAAAGUUACAUCACAAGAAGACACAGACCAGAACCUCAAUGCAUAUCUUGGGGGCGUGUUGGGCACAGUCCCGUAUAUUGCUCCGGAGGUCUUCACCGACAAAAGGUUUGACCCCAUGGCCGUUGACAUGUGGUCUGUAGGUAUAAUAUACUUUGCUAUGAGAACUGGCCGCUGGCCCUGGCGAAUCGCCCAUGAAGGCGAUGGACUGUAUCAUAAAUACGCCAAAAGUUACGGGAGUGAGGAGCGCAGUGUUAUUGAGCUCGUAUUAGGGGGUAGUGAAGCGCGACAAAAUACCAUCUGUGCGAUGCUACACACCAAGCCCAAAUCUCGCCUGACAGCUAGUCAGGCCCUGCAGACAGACUGGAUGAGGGGCGUCUCGGUCUGUGAGGGUUACAGCCAGAGUGCUCCACUGUAGGCAGCUCCAAAUAGCUGUACGGGUUACCAAAUACUGCCUUCGAAGCUAUAGACCAUUGACAGGAAGCUGAAAAUUACGGCUGUAAAGAGAAAAAGACCCUCACCCACCACGCGACUAUGACUCACUUUAUUUUCGUCGCUUAAUGCGAGAAACAAUGAAGGUCGAUGAUUCUUCUUUAUUCUUUCUGCUUUCGUCGUAUCUUCUAUUUUUGACUCGGAGAAAACAACGCUGCCAACCGUUUGAAUACCAGCGUAAUAAUACGUAUAAGGCGUCUUGAUACUCGUCCAUCGCACGUGCAAGCGCGGCGAUAAUAUUCCAAUAACCAAUAAUUAUUU